AUGAAAUUCGUCAUUGUUUUCGUUGCUUUGUUCGCCUUAGCUUUGGCUGCUGAUCCCAAGGAUGCUGAAACCUUGCGUUACGAUGCCAAUGUUGAACCCGAAAGAUACGAUUUCAAUGUUGCAACCAGCGAUGGAAAGAACUUCCAAGAACAAGGAGAAAUUGAGAAUCUCGGCAGUGAAGAUGAAGCUAUUGCUGUUAGAGGAUCUUACUCCUAUGUGGGUGAUGAUGGUCAAACCUACACUGUCAACUACAUCGCUGACAAAAAUGGAUUCCAACCCCAAGGUGCUCACAUCCCAGUUGCCUAA